GCAUAAGCCGACGACUAAUCAUCAACAACAGCCCCAACACAUCCAACACAAACAUGUCUCUCAUCGGACACCAAGGCGGCCUUUCAAUCGGCAAGGCUGAACGGCCCGGCCCCUCCCUGGGCAACAAAGUCAACAAAGAUUCCAAGUCAAAGUCGGACAAGCCUUCAUCCUCUUAUUCCUCGUCCGCCCUGGAGCAACGCGGCCUCAGACAGAUGAUUGGCGGCAUCCUCCACAGCCAGCGCCGAGACGAGGCACAGGCUCGCGCUGCGUCUCUCGACUUUGACUCAAGAAGCGAAACUGCUUCGCUCUCCUCGGUUGCCACAGAAAAGAGAGCCCUCUUGGCGGCAGCGACAAAGAAGGACAAGAGCCGCUCAUAUAGCAAAGCGGAACCGAAGCUACCCAAUCCCAAUGAGGCCCUGAUGCCUCGGAAUAGAUUCUGGUCUUAGAACGAGACGGGGGAUGACUGUGUCUUUUCUAUUUCUUCUUUUCUCUUUUGUUCUUUGGGUUCCAGCGAGCGGGAUGUCAUCAAGUUAUUAGAAGCGUGAAGGGGACAGCAUAGAUUCGGAAUUGGAUGAUGAUGUUACAGAACAGAACACUUAUUGAGCGGAUGAUAAUAUGACAUUUCUUUCUUAAUU